AAAUUCUGGCCUGUGUUGUUCCCAAAGACCAGAGCUUCCAGGAUAAAUAUGCAGGAAUUUUCCACUUCCAGGGUGAUAGAUGAUGAAAUUGAAGGCAAUUUUGAUGAGACUGAGAUCAGUGAAGAUGACAUUGAAUCCAGCUUUAAAAAGCUUUUUGGCCAGCUAGCAAGAAGUGAUGCAGAGACUUCCGCCUUCAAACUGCACAGCACCUUGAAUAAAAUCCUGGCUAAACGCCAAGAUAUUAAAUCUGAUGGCUUUAGUAUUGAGACAUGCAAAAUAAUGGUUGACCUGUUAGAUAAUGAUGGGAGUGGCAAACUGGGACUGAAGGAGUUCCACACCCUCUGGACAAAGAUUCAGAAAUACCAGAAAAUUUACAGAGAAAUUGAUGUGGAUCGAUCGGGUACCAUGAACUCGUAUGAGAUGAGGAGGGCACUGGAAACAGCAGGGUUCAAACUGAACUGCCAGUUACAUCAGGUCAUCGUGGCUCGUUUUGCUGAUGAGGAUCUCAUCAUUGACUUUGACAACUUGAUGCGGUGUUUGAUUCGGCUCGAAACCUUGUUCAUAUCUGUGCUUUACUGUCAUUUGAGCCACUGGCAUCAGCCUGAGACCUCAACAAGAGCAUGAUCCGGUGAAGAUAAUCAAGCUAUACAAGUAAUAUCCAAACAUGAAUGUGCCUUAACUUACACAAAGCAAGCAGACUUUGCAUGCAAUUGCAAGAAGAAAAGCAUUCUACUUCCACAGAAGAACCUGCAACCUCAUUUUUAUGGGUCUGACAGUCGGUGCCUACUCUCAUAUAGCCUCUGGAAAAAGGCUGUAGCUUAGUAUCAAUCCUCAGUGCAAGUUUUGAAAACACUGCUUUGCUAAUAUCUUUGUAUUUAAGGUGUUUUACAGGACUUCAGGAAGAAAAGCUCAUUAUAGCUUGACAGUCUGGUUUUAAAAAGUGCUUUUUGAAUAACAUCCUGCAUAUCUGAAAUUAGUAAAGAGGUAGUAUUGCAUAUCUAAACACCUGUACUCAGAGAUAGGGGUUCCAAGCCCCAGCACUAUCCUAGUGAAAUAUUCUUUAAAGAAUUUGAGUAGCAAGUACAUCUUUGAUUGAAGUGAGCAUUGAGGUGCCCAGAGCUGGAGGCUGCUGGUAACAAGAUUCUUAGAGAAAGCCCGUGCUCCCAGGUGGAAUCUUGAGUUCCUGUAUCUUAUUUAUCUUCCUUUGAAAUACAAGAAAGAAUUUAAUUUAAAAAAAAAAAAGUAGAAAUAAAGUUUGCCAGACUGUUAUUUCUGCUGAAAAAGCAAUUUUUUUUCUUAGAGAUUGAUACUAUAUACGCCACACCCAGCCUGUUGAAAGCAGAGGCUGUGACUGUGAGCCAAUUGCUGCUGCCUUUAGUUUCCCCACCUGAGGAACUGUGUCCUCCUUACAAACUAUUUCUUCCUUAUGAGCACCUUUUCAGAAAGCAGUAGGACUUACCUAGUAGCCUGCAGGGUGAGGCAUUUUCUAAAUACCCUUAAGGAAUUAUUUGCUCCUCCAUUAAAUACUGUUCAGUAUCAAAUUAUUGCCAAAUGGAGAGAUAGAAAGGAUAGCUCUAUAGGAAAGGCUUUAUUUGGAAAAUACUUGUACCAAGUUGUGUUUUUACCUUAAGUAUGUCCCUUAGCUUUUAAAGUUAACAAUGUGUCACUAACAGACUCAGCUCAAUUUUAAAUGCAGCAAAACUACCUUGAAUGGAGGGGGAGGAGGGGCUCAGUUUAAUACAGAAAGUAGCUGAAAGUUAGUGUAACGUAGAACAACAGUGUGUCUUACUGGUAACUUUUCUAAUAAAAAUCACUAUUAAAAUACCCAGAGUUAAAGCUUAAGAGGAGACAAAAGUUUAAUGGUGGAGUAAACAAGUAGAGUAAAAACAAGUACAUUGCCAAAGACUACAGAAAGUUUCUACACUUAGUCUUCAAAGUAUAAAAUACAAUAAAUACAUGAGGCUCUUUGUAAAAAGAGGAAUCUAAAACUACAUUUCUGUUACAGCACAUGAUAUUUUGAAUACAUAGAAUUUCUAAGGUGCUACUGCUUUUAAAAAAGUUAUUGCUUAAUGGAUUGGUCAUGUGGUUAUCACUCUUCAGAUGCACUUCAGUUUUUUUAGCUUAUUUUAACAAACAUUCUGCUUCCAGCAAUAAGCAGUUGGGUGCUGUGCACAUACUUCAAUUUCUCCCAUCUGGAAAAAGCCUCGGGAUAAAUUUGGACAAAGCCAAGUUGUCUGUUUCAUGAUGAUUCCUUCAAUGGCAAAUUCAAAAGUAUUUAAUGCAGAAAAGAAGUGAGACUAUCUUCUGCCUUGUUUGAAGACAACCGGGUGGGUACUUGAACAUAAUGGCUUGAUUCGACCAAAGGCAGCAGCAUUUCAUUUGCUUGUAAGCAUUAUUUCAUCUUGUACAAUGCCCUCAUCCAUUUGCUCAUGGAUCAAUCCUUCAUUUGUUUUCAAAGCACAUUUUUCAUAGCUUUCAAAUUACAUUGUCAUUGAAAUAAGUCUCAUGAUAUUGGAACCAACACAAAAUGGACUUUUUUUGCUGUAAGUUAUCCAUGAUUAGUACCUCAAGAAUCUGGCUUCUGUACUAUUUCAUGCCAAGCUUCUUUGUCUAGGUUUAAUCCUUGGAUACAGCUGAAGGUAAAACAGAAAUGAGGUUUAAAAUUUUAGUACUUUAAAAGGUUACUUUUUUAAAAGAAAAAAUAAAGGAAAACACCCCCCUCCCUUUGGUGCUACAAUUCUAAUGUAAUCCAUAGGAGCAAAAAGCAUGCUUAUAAAAAACAUCCAGGGCACUGACAAAUAUGAAUUUAGCAUUUUUAGGCAAGCUUAAAAAAUACCAACCAUGUCAGUACAAAAGGAAGGUAUUGAACCACACAUAAUUGAGUUCUUUCAGCUCUACCCAGAUGGGUGGGCCAGGAAAAGCACAUGGCUCUGUAAGUCAAGAGACUUCUGUGUUCAGUGAACUGUGGGAUUGUUCCCUGUUUUAUGAAUGGGACCAGAGAGGUGAAGUCUGGUUUGCUUUUUCUCACCUAUCAGCUUUUAUGGCAGUAUAGCUUUGGGCAAGCUGGAAACAUCUGUCUGCAGAAGGACCACGGAAGUGGAGGAGCUUUGCUUUAGAGAGUGGAGGGGAGGUGGCCAGUUCCAUGAGUGACCUGCCCAGCAGGAAAUUGGUCCCUGCCAGCCUGUGGGCCCUAGGCUGUGUGCUGCUCACACAGCCUGGCUGUGGGAAACUAAUUUGUAAAGAAUUCUUAAAAUUUGAUAGAAAGCUCACAUAGUCUUGUACAUCUGUAUGCAAACACUGAGAUAAGGUGUGUUGAUUUUGGAACUAGAUUGAACUAGAAACAAGUUUCAACAAGUUUCAAAAUAUGGCCUUGCAAAAAGACUAGAUAUUUGAGAGAAUUAGAACUGUGAUAGAUGCAUUGUAGCAGGACUACAUGGGGAAAAAAUAGAGGUGGUUGGUGUUAGAAGUAAUAGCAGCAUUGUGCAGCAAAAGCUAAUAGGCUGAAAAAAAUGGUAUUGUAACCAGGAAAUUGGCUUCUGAUGGAAUGGUGUUGAGUUUUACAUCUCUUGUGUCUCAUUAUU